AAUCCUUCUUAUACAAGGAUUAUAUAAAUAUAUACAUACAUACACCCCCAUUCUAUAUGAACUUCCGCUAUAUAUAUAAUCCUUCCUCCCAGUUCACCACUGCAAAAUUCGAACACCUUGUGUUAAAGCUUACCUUACUUCGCAAACGAGACAACCAGAAGACAGUUCGCUAUUCCUUCCUCCCAACCCUCAAAUUUCUCUACCAUCAAUCCAAAAAGCCCUAAAUUUCUCCUCCCUAAUUUUUUCACGCUGCUAUAAUGGUUGAUGUAGCCGAUAAAUUGGAGUAUUUUCAGCCAUCACUGGCCUUAGACCUCGAUUUGUGCACCGAGAUCCUUCAAGCCCAUGGAUGGGACCUUGAACUUGCGAUCUCCUCCUUCACCUCCACAAAUCCCCCUCAACAACCUAAUAAUGCCACAACUACUACCAAUCAUAACAUCGAUGCCACCGACACUUCCUCUCCUCUGUCGCCGUCUCCCGAAUUACUCAACAGGGAACAACCGCUCGCCGCUGCUACUGCUCCUGCUCCUCCUGGUCUAGCGUGGAAGAUAAUUACUUUGCCGAUUUCGGUUAUUUCGGGAAGUCUAGGGUUGAUUUCGGGUGCGAUUGGGCUCGGACUAUGGGCUGCCGGUGGCGUCCUCUCCUAUUCUCUCGGUAUGAUCGGGCUGGGGUCGGGCUCCGGUCGGGGAGGGGAGUCAUCUACCAGGUUAGUGUCGGUGUCGGCCGCGGCGUCCGAGGCUAUGGACUUCGUGGCUGCGUUUGAGAGGGAGUACGGGAACCUAAGGCCGAAUUUUGUGGCUGAAGGUUUCAUGGACGCGCUGCAGCGGUCAAGGAACGCCUUCAAGCUGCUGUUCGUGUACUUGCACUCGCCGGAUCAUCCGGACACGCCCUUGUUCUGUGAGAGGACGCUCUGCAAUGAGGCCCUUGCGCCGUUUAUCAACGAGAACUUCGUUUCUUGGGGAGGGAGCAUCCGUGCUAGUGAGGGGUUUAAGAUGAGCAACAGCUUGAAGGCUUCUAGGUUCCCAUUUUGUGCUGUGGUUAUGCCGGCCACGAAUCAGAGGAUCGCUCUGCUUCAGCAGGUUGAGGGACCAAAUUCCCCUGAGGAGCUUCUUAUGAUACUACAAAGAGUUCUUGAAGAAAGUGCCCCUGUUCUUGUUGCUGCAAGACUUGAUGCAGAAGAAAGAAGGACUAAUAUGCGAUUGAGAGAGGAGCAGGAUGCAGCUUACCGAGCAGCACUUGAAGCUGAUCAGGCUAGGGAACGUCAAAGGAGGGAAGAGCAAGAGCGUUUAGAAAGGGAAGCCGCAGAAGCUGAGAGGAAAUGUAAAGAGGAAGAAGAGGCUCGUGAAAGAGAAGCACGCGAAGCUGCAGAAAGAGAGGCUGCACGAGCUAGACUGCGACAGGAGAAAGCUUUGGCACUUGGUGCUGAACCAGAGAAAGGACCUGAUGUUACACAAGUGUUGGUCCGGUUUCCAUCUGGAGAACGCAAAGACCGGAGGUUUCACAGCAGUGCAACAAUCCAAUGUUUGUAUGACUAUGUUGAUUCUUUGGGUUGCUUAGAAGUUGAAAAUUACAGCCUAGUAUCCAACUUUCCACGGACUGUUUAUGGAGCAGAUAAGCUCUCUUUAUCCUUGAAAGAUGCAGGUUUGCAUCCUCAGGCUAGCCUUUUUGUGGAGCUGAACUAGCAUGAGGAAGCUCAAUGCAUAGUUAUAAGAUGCGUAGUCCAAUAUUCUGCAGCGAGUAGGAUAUUUUGUUGGGUUUCUCUUUCCUGUUUUAGCUUUAAUUAGCAGUGACGCAGAGAGAGCUGCUCCGAUAGUGCUCUGAAACGCAUAUUCAAUCAAGCAGAGACAUACUUAGAGGUGAAGUGGGACUGGAAUAAUGAGUUCUUUAUAUUGAUUUGCACAUACAUGAAUGUGAAAUAUCUUAUACAAGCUAAGGUUGCCUUCUAAUUAUGGAUUGUAAGAAGUUAUUAAAUUCCAGGUGAUUGAAUGUUGGCAAUUCAUUUUUUAGCUGAAGAAGUUAUAUGCUUUUGGUCAUGCCUUAA